AUGGGCAGUAGAGGACUGGGCAAGAGAGGACUGGCAGGAGAGCACUGGGCAGGAGAUGACUGGACAGGGGAGGACUGGGCAGGAGAGGACUGGGCGGGAGAGGGAUGGGCAGGGAGAACUGGGCAGCAGAAGACUGGGCAGCAGAGGACUGGGCAGGAGAGGACUGGGCAGGAGAGGACUGGGCAGGAGAGGGUUGUUCAGGAGAGGACUGGGCAGAAGAGGGAUGGGCAGGAGAGGACUGGGCAGGAGAGGACUGGCCAGGAGAGGACUGGGCUGGAUAGGACUGGGAAGAUAGGACGGCAGGUCUGGGCAGGAGAGGACUGGGCAGGAGGACUGGGCAGGAGAGGACUGGGCAGGAGAGGGAUGGGCAGGAGAGGACUGGGCAGGAGAGGACUGGGCACAAUAAGACUGGGUAGCAGAGGACUGGGCAGGAAGACUGGGCAGGAGUGGACUGGGCAGGAGAGGGAUGGGCAGGAGAGGACUGGGCAGAAGACUUGGCAGCAGAAGACUGGGCAGCAGAGGACUGGGCAGGAGAGGACUGGGCAGGAGAGGACUGGGCAGAAGAGGGCUGUUCAGGAGAGGACUGGGCAGGCGAGGGAUGGGCAGGAGAGGACUAGGCACGAGAGGAUUGGCCAGAGAGGACUGGGCAGGAGAGGACUGGGGAACAUAGGUCGGCAGGUCUGGGCAGGAGAGGACUGGGCAGGAGGACUGGGCAGGAGAGGACUGGGCAGGAGAGGGAUGGGCAGGAGAGGACUGGGCAGGAGAGGACUGGGGACAAUAAGACUGGGUAGCAGAGGACUGGGCAGGAUAGGACUGUGCAUUAGAGGGCUGGGCAGGAGAGGGCUGGGCAGGAGAGGGCUGGGCAGUAGAGGACUGUGCAGGAGAGGACUGGGAGGCAGAGGACUGGCAGGAGAGGAUUGGGCAGGGGAGGACUGGGCAUCAGAGGAAUGGGCAGGAGAGGACUGGGCAGGAAAGGACUGGGAAGGAGACGAAUGGGAAGGAGAGGACUGGGCAGGAGAGGGCUGGGCAGUUGAGGGCUGGGCAGGAGAGGGAUGGGCAGGAGAGGACUGGGCAGCAGAGGACUGGGCAGCAGCAGACUGGGCAGGAGAGGACUGUGCAAGAGAAGACUUGGCAGGAGAGGAAUGGGCAGUAAAUGACUGGGCGGGAGAGGACUGGACAGGAGAGGACUAUGCACGAGAGGUCUGGCAGGAGAGCACUGGGCAGGAGAGGACUGAAGAGGAGAGGACUGGGUCGUAG